AUGGUGCACUUGCGCGAGUACCCUCUGCGGUUGCAGAAGGGCUUCAUCUUGGAUGGGGUGGCCCUGAGCACCAUGGCCCGCAACUAUGAGCACUUGAAGCCCAAGGUCUGGUCUGCGAUUCCGCCUUACAAUGCGCAGCAGGACUACCACGCGCGUCGGUACUUCACGAGCCGUGUGAUUCCGCCCAUUUUGCAGAAAACCGGUCAGGAUCAUGGAGGUACAGGAAGGGACGGCUGGGUAGUGGAUUAUUUCCACAUCUUCGGGGAAGAACAGAAAUACAUCAACAGGAGAAACUGGGCAGGGGCAGGGCAUUCCUUCCAGCAGGUGAUCGGCCAUGACUACUACAAUGCUGAUGUGAAAACGAUCAGGGGGUACAACGGUCUGUUUGGCUACCGCAGGAACACCCCAGCCCUCCGCCAGUGCCCAUCUGUUUUCGGAGAGGUCACCCGACUCCCUCUCUUCUAACAGCAGCUCUUCCUUUCAUACCCCUUGAACUGAGUUUCUAUGACAGUUGCUUAGAUGAACUCCC